UGCGGCUCACACUCCACUCGCACAGCAACACGCUACGCACGCACGCACGCAUGCACGCGCAAACAGACAGAUAGAGACGCACGCCUCCAACCACGUGACCGGCAUCCGCAAGACACGCACCUAGAAAACUUGUAAUUAAUUAAAAAAAAGGGAUUUUUGGGGGUCUUUGUAUUUUCCCCCCCGCAACUACGUUUUUUCCCCCAUUAGUAUUUUCUCCCAACUUUCUUUGUUUACAAGCGUUUUGUUGCAACUUUAAAACUUUGGGGGGAAAAAAAGUGAUUUAAACUUUUUUUUUUAACCCUCAGAUUUUCGUACUUGACUUGUUUUUCCAUUGCAUUUUUUUGCGGGGAGCACACCAUGGAGCUCGCUCCGGCCGCUUGCUUAUUCAGCGCGCAGAGCGUCCCGUUGAGCCCGAGCGGAAAGGCCGCGGGGGUUGCUGCUGCGUCCGCCAAGCGGCCCCGCUCGUCAUCCCCGGAGCUCCUCCGCUGCAAGCGUCGCCUGAACUUCGCUGCUUUCGGCUACUCGCUGCCCCUGCAGCAACCGCACGCGGUGGCGCGUCGCAACGAGCGCGAGCGCAACCGCGUCAAGCUGGUCAACAACGGCUUCGCCACCCUCCGCGAGCACGUCCCCAACGGCGCCGCCAACAAGAAGAUGAGCAAGGUGGAGACCCUCCGCUCGGCCGUCGAGUACAUCCGCGCGCUGCAGCAGCUGCUGGACGAGCACGACGCGGUCAGUGCUGCCUUCCAGGCGGGCGUCCUGCAAGCGUCGUCGCCCGGUUUGCAGGCGCACGGCUACGCGACGGCUGAUAUGAACUCCAUGGCCGGCUCGCCCGUGUCCUCCUACUCGUCGGACGAGGUGUCGUACGACGCCCUCAGCCCGGAGGAGCAGGAACUCCUCGACUUCACCAACUGGUUCUGAGCUCCUAUGCACGGGAAAAGAAAACAAAAAAAGCCUCCAGUCCGUUCGCAAGCCCGGGUGGAGAGUCAAGAAGCGCCCAUGCAACAGUUGCAAGAGUUGGAAGGAGAAGCCCGCAUGAGGACGCCGAGAGGGGACGCGCACACGCGUGGCGUGGACAGACUUUUGGGGCUCCGCGGACCACACACAAAAAAACAUUAUUUCACAGGAAUGAAGAAGAAACUAUGCUAAAUCCAAUCAGCCUUUGUCACAACAGCUUCCAAGUCGUAGGAAAUCAUCUCAAGUGCUCUGAUACUGUUUUUUGCAAAUAUAUCAACUAUUUUUCUAUGUAAAGAGAUUUAUAGACUUUUUUUUGGUACGCAUCCUUUUUUUGUAUAUAUUUUGCUUACAUAAUUCUAUAUAUGUCACGUGUCUUAUGAAUCCUUUCCCUGAACGCAGCACCGACGUGUCUUAUUUAAACUUGUUCAUGAUCAAAACUUAUCAUGCAGCUAGUGUCCAAACAAGCCAGCACCAUGUUGGAAACCAUUAUUAUUAUUAUUAUUGUCAGCCUAAUAUGAAGAAGAAGCAUAUUUUCUAUAGUGCAACAAUAAAUGAUUUGCUACUGA